AUGGCCGAGAUUCGACGAAAGCUCGUUAUUGUCGGUGACGGCGCCUGUGGAAAGACCUGUCUGCUCAUCGUCUUCUCCAAGGGCACCUUCCCCGAGGUCUACGUCCCCACCGUUUUCGAGAACUACGUCGCCGAUGUCGAGGUCGACGGCAAGCACGUCGAGCUCGCCCUCUGGGAUACCGCCGGCCAGGAAGAUUACGACCGUCUGCGCCCUCUCUCCUACCCCGACUCGCACGUUAUCCUGAUUUGCUUCGCCAUCGAUUCGCCCGAUUCGCUUGACAACGUCCAGGAGAAGUGGAUCUCCGAGGUUCUGCACUUCUGCCAGGGCCUUCCCAUCAUCCUCGUUGGAUGUAAGAAGGAUCUGCGCUUCGACCAGAAGACGAUUGAGGAGCUACACAAGACCUCGCAGAAGCCCGUGACACCCGAGCAGGCCGAGGAUGUGCGCAAGAAGAUCGGUGCCCAGAAGUACCUCGAGUGCUCAGCCAAGACGAACGAGGGCGUCCGAGAAGUAUUCGAGCACGCCACCCGGGCUGCCCUGUUGACCCGGAAAGAGAAGAAGACCAAGAAGUGCUUGAUCUUGUAA